GAAUAACGACAAGAACUAUCCCUAUUUUUGUAGUUUGUUGCUUCUGUAGUUGCUGAUUGCUUGCUGUUUCUGUUUUCGUUUGAAUGAUUUGAUCUGAUCUGAAUUGGAUUUUUUCAUUCUAACUAUACUCUAUAGAAAUUGGUGUCUGUUGGUGAUUUGAUGAUCGGUUUGUCUUGAGAGACCACUAUUACGGUGUUUUUAAAUUUGAUGAAAUUUUUGUUCAUCUUCUCUCUUUUAACUCUGCCCUUGAUAACUUAAACACAGCUCUGAUUAUGUUCAGAUGAUCCAUGUUUAUGUCCAAACGUGCAAUUGGGAGUAUUUUCUGGUUUUGUGAAGCUUUAAUGGGACUUAUUUAAUGCGUGGAUUUUGAAUUGUUUAAUGAGGAUUAUUUUAUUGUAUAAGCUAGACAAAGAUCCCAUUUCAUUUUUUACUUUAAAAAGCUUUGGACCGUCCAAAUAUUAUAACAUGAUAAUGCAUGAUUAUGGUUUCUUUUUAUUUCUUCUUUAAUGCCUGCCCUUCACAAAGAUUACUUUUAAUUUGAUGAUUGUGAUGAUGAUCUAAAGGUUUAGUGGGUAAUGAUUUCACUUUCCCUUCUUGGUUUACAAAAUACAAAUUAUUAUUUUCUAUUUACAGAUAGCUUGAGAAAUAUUCAACCUCUGGUCCAACAUGGCCGGUGGGUUCAUUACAACAUUCUGGUUUUCCCUUUUCCGUUCAUAUUCUCUUUUCCUUUUUGACUUUUUUUCUUUCAUUACUUUUUUCAUUUCUUUCUUUUUUGUUUCUUUUAUCUUCAUUUACAAGGAGGAAUCUGUGACGAGUGCUUUGAAAACUAUAUCCCUUUUUUAUCAUUAACAAUAUUAGAAUUGUCAACUUCUGACAUCAAUAAUAAUAAAGCAAGUUUCCUGCUCCAAUAAUUAAGCAAAAGAAGUCGAUGAUCUAUAUAUAAACAAUUAAGGCUUUUGCUUAUAAAACUGUUCUUGUUUCCUACUUGUCUUUUGUUGCUAAAAUGUAUUGCACAUUUUCAAUUUUAGGCAGGUAUUGAAUGAAUUUACCCAUGGAUCAAGAGAAAAGGUAAGCAAGUCCGAGUUUCAAGAAGUUCUCUCUGAUAUUCUGCUAGGCAUGGCUGCCGGGUUGAAGCGAGAUCCUAUUGUUAUACUUCGGAUCGAUGGUGAAGACCUUCUUGAAUUCAUAAAUAGCCCUGCUUACGAGCCUGAGAUGGUCGCCACUUUUUCACAAAUCAACCUACCUGAAGGAUCUCUUCAUGAUUACAUUUUUAAAGCUUUUGAAAAUCUUACUGUGGAACAAGGGAUGCCUCCUCCGUCAGAUCCCUGGGUUAUGAGCGAUAUUGUCGAACCAGCUCUGGAAUUCUGUGAUGUAGGUGAGAAUUGGGACAAGCCUGUCUCGCAAGAGACCUUCUUGUUGGAAUUCAAGAGAGCUGCCGAGCAUGUGGCUCAACGGCUAAAAGAACAGCCUGUUAUUGUUGCUCACAGUGAAAAUACCUUUGAUGGAAGUAGCAUAAGAAGGCUGUUAUCCAACAAAUUCGAACUGGACAAGUCACUUAAUACGGCACUUCAGAGUGUCCCAAAAGACAAAACCGGAAAAUUGCCAAAGGAACAUCUGCAAUUGGCGCUGGAUUUGGUUGGUCCAUUAGCCGGUUUACCACCGCUCGGUGCCAUCAAUGAGAUGGACAAGCUUCUUCUUGAUGUAUUUAAGAUGGUAGAUGCCGAUGACGGGAAAGCGGUUAAAGAGGACGAAUUCAAGAAACUGUUGACUGAGAUUCUGGGGGCAGUCAUGUUGCAAUUGGAAGGCAAUCCAAUCUCAGUUUCUUCUAAUUCUGUUGUGCAUGAGCCUCUAGCUUGUUCUUCUACACUUUUGACACCAUCCUCUUAGAAAUCAUAUAAAAGCUGAGCUAUUAUAAGGUAAAGGAAUGACAUAGAAUUGCAUAAGUUAUCCUAAUAUGGGGAGCUUUUUAAACUGCAAUAGAGAAAAGGAUAUGAAGGAAGCCAAGGCAGGAGAUUUCAAAUUAGCUUAGAGUUGGUUGUUCCUUCUUACAAGCUGAAAAAUGAUGCUCCCUUGAAUGAGUGUAUGUAUAAGAUUUGUUGUAUUAUGUUAUAUAAAUGAUACUUUUUAUGUAUGAGAGCAUUUGUGAUUCUCAUUACUCGAACAAACCGAAGUCACGUUUAGUAA